UGUCGCGCUGUACCACGUGAAAACUGCGCAUGCUCGACGGGACUGUUUUCGACACGUGAUCGACCACCUGACAGCAGCAGAAGGAUCAGGAAAUGUAGCGACAACAUUCAUCCCUAAAUCGAUCAUGCGUGGUUUAAAUAGGAGAAGAUUUCAUCUAAUGAGGACAUGGGUGCUUUGUUUGUCGCUUUACUUCAGCCACGGACUGGCUGGGAAAAUGAAGAUAGUUGAGGAACCAAACACGUUUGGGCUGAACAACCCAUUUAUGGCUCAGGGAAACAGGCUGCAGCCCAAAGGUUCUCCAUCUCCAGUGUCUGGCCCAGUGCAUCUUCAUCGUCUUGCAGGAAGGUGCUUCAGUCUCACAGAGUCUAUCUAUAAAUAUGAAUUUUGUCCAUUCCACAACAUUACUCAGCAUGAGCAGUCAUUCAGGUGGAAUGCCUACAGUGGGAUAUUGGGGAUCUGGCAGGAGUGGGAAAUGGCCAACAACACUUUUACAGGCAUGUGGAUGAGAGAUGGCGACACUUGUGGAACCAGAAACAGAGAAACAAAGGUGAUUCUGCUCUGCAGCAACAGCAGCAAUCUCGUCCAGGUCUCGGAGCCCAGUACUUGCGUGUACUCAGUGACCUUUGAGACGCCGCUCGUUUGCCAUCCACAUUCACUGUUAGUGUACCCCACCCUGAAUGAGAAGCUGCAGAAAGAAUGGGAUGAGGUGGAGCAGGCUCGCUAUGAAGGUCUCAUUACUGAGCAGGGCUACAACAAUCUCCUGAGAGAUAUCUUUGAGGAUGCAGGACUCUUGAAGAGCAACAAAGCGACAGAGACUGUGCCACAGGCUAAAGUAGAUUCAGAAAAGCACAACUCUUUACAGAAAUGCCAAGAAGAUUAUCAUAAACAGAGUGACGAGAUCGCAAGGCUGCGGGCUCUCCUCACUCAGAAUAAUAUUCUUUUUGAGUCAAACCCAAAUGAAGAAAAAGGUGCAGUGACUGUUCCAACUAAAGAUCAACAUUUGAGAGGAGACACAGGCCUCCUUGAUCUGCUGUGAAGGUCACCAGCACAGACAGGCGGCUCAUUUUGAAGGCACCAGAAGGGAUUUCUGGACUGUUCAGUUUGAGGUUCACAGAAGUACAAAUUCAUCAUGUUAGGAAAGGAAAACAUUUCUGGAUCAAACGUUUUAGUGAAGUUUGAACUCCCUCUUCUGCAGGAUGAGAGCUGUUGAGGACUGGAGCUGGGUAUGCCUGCUUAGAUGCUGUGCCAAAACUGAUUCUGUAUCAUGUUUACAGAGUGUUCGGAAAUAGAAAUAAAAGAUGCUGCUUGCAUGUAACUGUCAAAAACAUGCUGGACGUGAAUGAGCCAUUAGAGAGGCUGCAAACAAAAAAGGAAGUGUUUAAAAGUGGCAACAAAAAGUAGGACAGUGGACCUCCUCAGUAGAAUCAAACGUGUAAAUGAACAGAAGUAUUUCAACAUGUUUGAUAAUAAAUGAGUGCUAAUAAAAUGUAAAA